AAUUUCCGGUUACGUCAGCGCGCCUGGACUCCAUUAGAGGUUGCAGCUGUUUGGGGAGAAACAACAACACAAACGGCUCGGCAGCGGUGCUGUUACCGCAGAGACAGGGCGAUCCGAGCUGGGUUACGAGCUCUGAAUCCCGGGAGCUGACGGCUCCUUUCCCAUCCCCGGCUCCAACGGCUUCUAACCACGGCCGCUCUCGGCGAGGAAACUCUGGCCUCCGCUUCCUCCUCCUCCGACUCGGACACCGGUGGAGCGUCGCCGCCCCCGCGGAAGAAACACCGAGCCUCGGCGGCGGAGGGAGUAGGAGAGCCCGGGGCUUCAGCAGGGACAGCGGGCCUUUCUGCGGUUGUUUUGGCACUAGCGAGUUCUCCGCAUCCCCAAGCGCCUCCUGCCGUUCACUUGAACCGAAAUACCGGGAGCAGCCUCGGCACAAAUAUGCAGUCGAACGGCGCGGGCGAAGGACAGGAGUCGGGUCUCACCUGCCAGAGCAGCGCGCAAAAUGGAGAGUCUUCCUCGGCUGCGGGAGCGCACUCCAACGGGCUCCUCUCCAGCACGGAUCACGGGAGCAGUGUCGGCACCGGUAACGGGGCCCAGACCGGUACCGGGACGUUGUCUACAGGCUCGGGCUCUGAGCUCGGUUCACUAAAGAAGAAAAAGCGUCUGUCUCAGUCAGAAGAGGAUGUGAUCCGACUGAUCGGGCAGCAUCUGCACGGAUUGGGGCUGAAUCAGACAGUGGACUUGCUCAUGCAGGAAUCUGGCUGCAGACUUGAACACCCCGCUGCUACAAAGUUCCGGAACCACGUAAUGGAAGGCGAAUGGGACAAGGCUGAGAACGACCUGAGCGAGCUCAAGUCCCUGAUGCAUUCCCCCAACGCCACUGUGAGAAUGAAGUUCCUGCUCCUUCAGCAGAAGUAUCUGGAGUAUCUGGAGGACGGAAAGGUGUUGGAGGCGCUACAGGUGUUGAGAGGAGAACUGACUCCACUGAAGUACAACACAGACCGCAUCCACAUUCUCAGCGGGUAUUUGAUGUGUAGCCAUGCAGAGGACCUGAGAGCCAAGGCCGAAUGGGAGGGGAAAGGAGUUAGCUCUCGCUCGCGCCUCUUGGACAAGCUACAGAUGUACCUCCCCCCCUCGGUCAUGCUGCCUCCACAGAGACUACACACGCUGCUCCGUCAGGCGGUGGAGUUACAGAGGGACCGCUGCCUCUAUCACAACACAAAGCUGGACGCCAGUCUUGACUCCGCCUCCUUACUGCUGGACCACAUGUGUAGCAGGAAACAGUUCCCCUGCUAUACCCAGCAGAUCCUGACCGAGCACUGUAACGAGGUCUGGUUCUGCAAAUUCUCCAACGACGGCACCAAACUGGCUACCGGCUCCAAAGACACCACCGUCCUUGUGUGGCAGGUGGAGCAGGACACGCACCAGCUGAAGUUGUGGCGCACACUGGAGGGUCACGCGUAUGGCGUGUCCUAUUUGUCCUGGAGUCCGGACGACACUUACCUCAUCGCCUGCGGGCCAGACGACUGUUCGGAGCUUUGGCUCUGGAACGUGCAGACAGGAGAACUGCGUACGAAAAUGAGCCAGUCUCAUGAGGACAGCCUGACCAGCGUCGCCUGGAACCCUGACGGGAAGAGAUUUGUCACAGGAGGCCAGAGGGGGCAGUUCUAUCAAUGCGAUCUCGACGGCAACCUGCUGGACUCAUGGGAGGGUGUACGUGUGCAGUGCCUCUGGUGUGUCAGUGAUGGCAGGACUGUCCUUGCCUCUGACACACACCAGCGCAUCCGUGGUUACAACUUUGAGGACCUUACAGACAGAAACAUAGUUCAGGAGGACCACCCUAUCAUGUCUUUCACUGUUUCCAAGAAUGGAAGAUUAGCUUUGUUAAAUGUAGCAACUCAGGGAGUCCAUCUCUGGGACCUGCAGGACCGUGUGCUGGUGAGGAAGUACCAGGGAGUGACGCAGGGGUUCUACACCAUUCACUCCUGUUUCGGAGGUCACAACGAGGAUUUCAUCGCCAGCGGCAGUGAAGAUCAUAAAGUGUACAUCUGGCACAAGCGCAGUGAGCUGCCGAUCGCGGAGCUGACGGGUCACACUCGCACGGUGAACUGCGUAACCUGGAACCCCUGUGUGCCGAGCAUCAUGGCCAGUGCCUCUGACGAUGGCACCGUCCGCAUCUGGGGCCCUGCCCCCUUCCAGGACGUUCAGGAUGUGGACAGCUUCAGUGAAAAUUGCAAUAGUAUGGACAGUUGAUGGCGAAGUCUUAUUUCAAGAAAUAAUCAAAAACAAAAGCCUGAAAGAGUGAAACCAUUUGUACACCAUCCUCCACCACCGUGAGGCGACAACAGCAGAGGCAGACAAUUCAGAGUGUACAUUUUUGCCAGCUGUGCAGUGUGUAUGUGGGUGUGUGUGUGUGGGUGUGUGUGUGUAUAUCUGUGUCUGGAGGGGAGGAAAGUUGAGGUUGAUGUUCAGAACUUCGGAGUCAUCACUUGAGCGAUCCUCCGUGCACACACCUCCGUAGUGACUUGUUUCCGUGGAUACCUGUUUGUCCCCACUGUGGGACUCCCCGAGACUCCUCGCAUUGUCCGUCAGGAGGACAGGUGUGCCCCGGUGAAGCCCAGGAACCGCCCCCCCAUCUUGGGCCAUGGCCAGCACAGCCUCCCUCUCCCCCUCGGUGUUGUGCAGAUGGUCCGGUGAGCGUCCCACGGAGACGCCUCUCAUCCUGGCAGGGAGGGCCGGGUGGGGAGGCGUCUGAGGAGGGCUGGGGAGUAAAACCACCCUGUGAUGUUUUUCCCUCCGUCUCACUUCUCUGCUUAGUUGUGCUCCAGACACACACACACGGGCUGUAGGGUUUGUUUUGUUUGCGCCGAGUCUGAGCAACUGGCGCCGUCACUACUGGCAGGGUCUGCUGGCCUUAGCUGAGUCUGGGUGACCGUCAGCGAGGCCGAGUCGAGCUGUUUUUCGGGGAUGUGAAGCACCCGUAAACACUGUCCUCCUCGUGCUCUCCUUCUGGGACACUCUCUCCCACCCGCUUUCCGCCCUCACCUGACGCCUUCGGGCGUUUUGGCUCUGAGGUUGUCGGGGGUGACGUCAGAGGGAUCCGAGCAGAGGGUCAGGGCUUGCUGAUUGUGGGGGGACGACAUGGGUGUUUGGCUUUGAGAGGGAGAGCUUUGCUUCACCUGUAGCACACUGCUGUGGGGGUGUGAGGGGGUGUGUGUGUCAGGGUGGGUGUGAAUGCAUAGGUGUUGGGGUGUGUGUGCCUAAAUAUGGAACUGUUUCACACCAGCGCGUGUGUGUGUGUGUGUGUGUGUGUGUGUGUGUCAGAGUUUAGUUGGAUAAAUAAUUUUAACUGAAUUUGAUUUAAAACCCCAUAGAGACCCUCAUCUGUGGAACAGAAAUUUCACUUUGAACCAUUUUGUAAACUUGUUUUAAAAAAAAACAAAAAAAACCAAUGAGGGCUUUUUCUGUUUUUGUUUUGUUUUGUUUUGUUUUUUGUUGUUGUUGUUUUGUUGUUUUCGUUCACCUCAUCACCGCUUACCUUAGAGGAGGUGUUCAGGUGAACGACUGUGGACAGAACCGAAAUAAAGAAGGCAGCGCCCGUGCCGUGUGCGCGUGCGCCGUGCGACCCAUCGAGGCGACAAGACGUGCAGCCACAGCUUUAAAUACGAUACUGUGACCCUCGACCUGUCAAUCAAAUGCCCCGCCUCCUCAUUCGGAGCCAGGGACAGAGGGUGCGUUCCAGGAACGCAUCCUCGUUUGUGACCUAUGCAGCAAAGCUCCGCCCCAAAUACCUUUCAGAGAAAGAGUCCAGUCCUUUAGAGCCCCGCCCCCUUUUUCAGUUCCGGUGUUAAGAGCAGCACGGUAAACUUGUCUACGUUUGCACUACAUAUCCAGUCCCCUUUCAACCAUUUUUUCCAAACAUGACGUGUUUCAACUGCCAUAUGCGUUUUGGUAAAAUUAUUCUAGAAUCCACCAACAUGCCUGAAGUUUCUAAUAAUGUUUAGUGGUUCUGUGUUCAUUAGAAAUUUCACACUGGCAUUUUGGCACAAGCUGUUUACCUGAUAGGUACGCACAUACCUAUUCCUAGGGUUAGGGUUAACCCUAUUCUUAGGCAGUUAAUUCCUUUACAUUUAUAUAGCAGAAUAGAGCUUUCUACCCCCAACAUGUUUUGUUUUUUUUUUUUUUUUUGGCAGAACAGUUAUUUGCUAUGGACUGAUUAGUAAUGUUUAAAAGAGUUUUUUCCGUCUGUUUUUAAUAAAUUUUGUUACUUUUUGUGAUAUUAUUUCUCCUUUUUUGUGUUUUUGGUUGACCUUUGACCUGUAUUAUCAUAUUAAACUAUAACCAGCCAAA